AUGCAUUACAUGGAUUUGUUUAGUAAAGCUGGUAACAUAUUUAGGCAGCCUAGAGCUUUGCAGGCCGCCAACGCUAUAAUCUCAUCACCAACUACUGAUGUCGAUAUCUUGAAAGAUGUUUUUGGCAGAUUUGGCAAAAUUGUUGAUGUCGUAGUGAUUUCGGACCGUGAGACUGGUGUAUCGAAGGGAUUUGGUUUCGUAACAUACGAUUCGAUUGAUGCUGCUACUAAGGCAAUGCAACAGAUGAAUGAUCAGGAACUUGAUGGGCGAGUAAUUGGAGUGAACCCAGCCGAUUCAGGAGGCGGUGGAGGUGGUUUAGCAAGACGGGGAGGUCGUGGUGGAUUUGGACGUGGAGGCUAUAACUUCGUUCGUUAACUUGGGAUCCAGAAUGUCUAUCAACAAGAUCUGAUUAAUCUAUUGUUUGAUUUUCUCUUCACAAAGACCAACAUUUUGUUAUAAGUUCAGUGAAGCUUGAACAAACAGAUCAAGUGGCU